CUCCAGUCAUCAUCAGACGCUUUCCAGCGCCCGUGGGCACGGCUGGCUCAAAGACACACAUGCACCAGUCCUUCACUAAGGAACACACCAACGACCCAAUACCCUGUGGUCCCAAGUCACCGUCUGUUGGAGAACGUUUUGCCAUUUCUUCUGCGGGAGACGGUUUGUAAACUAUUCGGAACUUCCAUGAUGCUAGGAGCAGUUAAAAUGGAAGGACACGAGCAUACAGACUGGAGCACCUACUACGGAGAGCCUGAGUGUUACACCUCGGUAGGCAACAUGAAUACUGGCCUGGGAAUGAACUCCAUGAACACCUACAUGAGUAUGUCGGGAAUGAGCUCAACUGCCAACAUGACGGCCAACACCAUGAACAUGUCUUACGUCAACACUGGCAUGAGCCCCUCCAUGACUGGCAUGUCACCCGGAGCCGGAGCCAUGAAUGGAAUGGGCGCGGGUAUGACCGCCAUGAGUGCCGCUCUCAGUCCUAGCAUGAGCCCUAUGACAGCGCAACCCCCCUCAAUGAACGCCCUAACUUCAUACACAAACAUGAACGCCAUGAGCCCAAUGUAUGGACAGUCCAGUAUCAACAGAUCAAGGGACCCCAAAACAUACCGCAGGAGCUACACACAUGCAAAGCCCCCCUAUUCUUAUAUUUCUCUCAUCACUAUGGCUAUCCAACAGUCCCCCAGCAAGAUGCUAACGCUGGCAGAAAUAUAUCAGUGGAUAAUGGAUCUUUUCCCGUUUUACCGGCAGAACCAGCAACGCUGGCAGAACUCUAUUCGCCAUUCUCUGUCAUUCAAUGAUUGUUUCCUCAAAGUGCCUAGAUCUCCGGAUAAGCCCGGCAAGGGUUCGUUUUGGACCCUUCAUCCUGAUUCGGGAAACAUGUUCGAGAACGGAUGCUAUCUGAGAAGGCAAAAGCGGUUUAAGUGUGACAAGAAGAUGUGCAAGGAGUCUGGCCGUAAAAGUUCGGAAGGUGGAUCCAACAGCAGCUCGGAGAGUUGCAACGGGAACGAGUCUCCCCAUUCCAACUCGUCCUCCAACGACCACAAACGAUCACUGUCAAAUAUGAAGUCCAGCCAGGCUAUGAGCCCUGAACACGCGGCCUCGCCAGUGUCCCAGGCGCAACAUCUCAUGUCCCAGCAUCACUCGGUUCUGGCGCACGAUGCACACCUGAAGCCCGAGCACCACUACUCCUUUAAUCACCCGUUCUCCAUCAACAACCUCAUGUCGUCGGAGCAACAGCAUCACAAAAUGGACCUAAAGACGUACGAGCAGGUGAUGCAUUACUCCGGUUACGGCUCCCCCAUGGCUGGGGCUCUGUCCAUGGGUUCCAUGGCGGGGAAAGCGGGUCUAGAUUCCUCAUCAAUACCUACUGACACAUCGUACUAUCAAGGCGUAUAUUCAAGGCCAAUCAUGAACUCCUCAUAAAUCCUUGCGCCAUCUACGGACUUUUGAAAGCGAUUUGUACAUUUGUAAAAAUAUAGUUUGUGCUGAUGUAUUCAGAUAUUUUGAUGUUUCCCUUUGAUUUAGUUGUCAAUUUUGUUUAGUAGCCUGAUUAUUUCAAAAGGGGAUGUUAAUAAUGUGACAAAAUCUGUUCAAAACGGCGGCUUUGAGAAAGGACCAAAAGACAAUUUCUGUAAAAUACAUCUGUAUAACUGGAUUGCUAAAUGAAUUUAAAUGGAUUGCAGGAUUUCUUCAAUAAUUUGUGUAAUUCCUAUUUAUGGCUUGUAUAUGUGUAUUCUUGUAGUUGACAACAAGAACAGAAUCUAUAUUAAAGUGUUAUUUGAAUUUUA